GGGAGCUGCGCGCAUGCGCUGUGCGCGUCCCUGGCAGCCAGGCGGGUCCCGGCCGGGCGGAGGCCGCGGCGAAGCCGGGGGCUCGCGUAGAUGUGCAGCCCGGGGAGGGCGCCCCCUGGGCCGGCCCCGGCUGGGGACCUGCCGCCCGAGUGGGAGACGGACGACGAGCGCAUGGCUUUUCUCUUCUCGGCUUUCAAGCAGAGCCGCGAAGUGAACAGCACCGAGUGGGACAGCAAGAUGGCCUUCUGGGUCGGGCUGGUGCUGGCCCGCGGCCGCCGCCGCGGUGUGGUACGCACCUGUCUCCGCGAGCUGCAGCACGGCUUCGAGCGGCGGGGCAGCGUGCCGCUGGGCCUCGGCACCGUGCUGCGGGAGCUGCUCAGACGAGGCAAGAUGCAGCGGGAGUCAGACUUCAUGGCCAGCGUGGACAGCAGCUGGAUCUCCUGGGGUGUGGGAGUCUUCAUCCUGAAGCCCUUGAAGUGGACUCUCUCAAGCGUGCUGGGUGACAGCAAAGUGCCCGAGGAAGAGGAGGUUCUGAUUUACGUGGAGCUACUUCAGGAGAAAGCAGAGGAAGUUUAUCGCCUGUAUCAGAACUCGGCUCUUUCAUCUCACCCCGUUGUUGCCCUCUCAGAGCUGCGUUCCCUCUGCGCUGGGGUUUGUCCAGAUGAAAGAACCUUCUACUUGUUGCUGCUCCAGCUGCAAAAGGAAAAGAAGGUCACGAUCCUGGAACAGAAUGGAGAGAAGAUAGUGAAGUUUGCCCGAGGUCUUCAUGCCAAAGUCUCUCCGAUGAAUGAUGUGGACAUCGGGGUCUAUCAGCUGAUGCAAAGUGAACAGCUGCUGUCACAGAAGGUGGAGUCCCUUUCCCAGGAAGCAGAGAAGUGUAAAGAAGAUGCCCGGAGUGCUUGUAGAGCUGGGAAAAAGCAAUUGGCACUGAGAUGUCUGAAGUCUAAACGAAGGACGGAAAGGCGCAUCGAGGAGCUUCAUUCCAAGCUGGAUGCAGUGCAGGGGAUCUUGGAUCGGAUCUACGCUUCCCAGACCGACCAGAUGGUGUUUAAUGCCUAUCAGGCUGGUGUGGGAGCUCUGAAGCUGUCUAUGAAGGAUGUUACUGUGGAGAAGGCAGAGAACCUGGUAGAUCAGAUACAAGAGCUUUGUGAUACUCAAGAUGAAGUAGCCCAGACUCUGGCAGGAGCGGGGAUCAAUGGUUUGGAGAUGGACUCUGAAGAGCUUGAGAAGGAGCUGGACAGCCUCCUGCAGGACUCGGCUAAGGAGCCUGUACACCUGCAUCCUGUGCCCCAAAAGCAGCCGGAUUCUGGAUUUGCAGGAGCCAUUUCGGAUGCUGAGCUUGAAGCUGAGUUGGAAAAGCUCUCUGUUUGUGAUGGAGAUUUGGCACAAAAGACUCCAUCUGCUUCCUCUGAACCCCAAACAGCUCUGGGACUGAAUCUCUAAAGACCCGACCGCAUCCUGUUGCUGCAGUUUGAGAAAUUGUCUUGAGGUUCCUUAACUUAUGACUAAAACUUUGGGACGGAGGGGGAUCCUGGUCCCCUCUUCUUCGUGAAAUCACUUUGCUAAGCAACAGGAUCUCCUGCCGUGACAAUCCACUCUGGAACUGGCCCCAGCUGAUGUUUGUCAUCUCUGUGCCAACAUUCUGCACUGGUCUGAACGGGACUUGCUGUCAUCUCAAGUCACCUGUGACAUCUGGUCUUCCCUUCCGGGACCGCAGUUCGCUGCUCUACCCAGUGGAGAUAAACUCUCUCUGUCCAUAACAGUGCUUGUUGGUUUUUCCUUUUUUUUUUCCUGGUUUUCUUUUUCUUUGCUGUGGCUCACGUCGAGAACCUGAGUCGCGACAGCAUUGCAGUUGCUCAACGUUUGGCUGUGUGGUUGUUUAAAACACUUGGCACAUCAGUACUGUCCUUGACAUAAGUUACCUGCAACGAGCUUGGCCACCUGUCUGUAGUUCUGUCCCUCCCCUCUGUGUUCUGCACGGUUGUGGACAACUAGACACUGUAAUGGUUCAAUUGUAGGAGGUGUUGCUGCUGCGCUAGAGGGCAGCAAUUGCAAGCACAAGACAAAAAAUAUUUCCUCUUUUCUCUGAUGACACUAAGGCCUUAAAAGGGAGACCUGCAAAAUCUUUAAAUGGGAGGAGUUCCUGACGCUGAGGUUCGUGACGGAGGCUCGCAGUCGCUGUGAUGCAACUUUCUGCUUUCUCUGACUUGAAAUCUGAGCUGUCUGCUGCCUUUGGGUCUUCCUUGCUGGCGAGGCAGCAGCAGGGUGAUCUGCUUCCAGCUCUCCUGUCCAGUGAUUUGGGGGUGGGAGGGGACAAGAUGCAUCAUUUUUCUCAUUCAGAGUGGCCGGUUUGGUGUAACGGGCUUAACAGCUUGUGGUCUCGGUGUUGCAAUUCCACAAGAUGCUGGGUUACCAGAAAGCCCUAAAAUAAAACCCUCUACGUGUUCCUAAUGCCAAACAAACAAAAAAAAAACCGAGCACAAGGAAGUGAAAGAUGUUUUCGGAGGCUGCGAAGUGAAAUCCUGGCUUUUUUUGCAGGUCACUUUUUUUUUUUUUUUUUAAUGAUGCGUACGCACUCGGGGAAAGCAGAAAGCCUGGCCCUUCAAUAAAGCCUGGUCCUUCAAUACAUGAAUUCCUUCAGGAGGAGAAGAGAAGGAGCCUGUGCGUGGCAGGGGAGCUGCGGUCCUCUCUGCACCUCUCCAUGACUCGGAAUGUAUUCAGUCUUACCAGUGUCUGUUUCUGAGCUCCCUCCCGGCCCGAGCUGCGGUGCUUGGGUGAGCAGGAACCAGGGCUUGCAGUUGCUGUGCUCUGCUUGAUACUGACAAAGCAGCUUCGGCCCCGGAGGGCUGGGAUAGAAAUCGUGGGCGUCAUCAGGGUGCUGCAUUGGCUCUGCUGUCCUUGGCCCUUGUGCUCAGCAGUGCAGGGCCCUGCUGGAGCCCGCAGCCAACAAGCAGUUUGCCCAGGCUGCAAGCGGAGUGAUGUGAAAUGAAGCUCUGUAUUCCUUUUCUUUUUGUAAGCCAACGGGAGAGGGAAAACAAACAAACAAAAAAAAAACCCACUGUUUUCUGCCUCCAUGUAAUAAAGGGGAGAGGAAGAA